GCAUUACACGGGUCGCUAAAGUUGAAUGCGAACUUCUGAACUUCUGUUCAGUACAUCAUGGAAUCCAAAGGGAGUCGGCCGAAGCAACCGGACUGGUUUGCCGAGGUGUGCCAGGAGUCCUCCAUCCACGGCAUGCCCUACAUCGCCCGCAAGGAUCUCCACUGGACCGAGCGCAUCUUGUGGGCAUCGAUAAUCUUGGGCUCGGCCUACUACGCCAUCAGCAGUUGCCUUAACCAGUGGUACCGGUUCCGGGACAAUCCUCUCGUCUACGAGUAUGAAUACCUCUUUGGUCUGCGCAUCUUCCCUUUCGUGGGGAUAACACUGUGCCCUACGUAUCACGACGAAACGGUGAUCCCAAGGCUUAUAAAUGAAACUUGGGGAUUGGAUGUCAGCAAAGACGAAGAAAAAGCAGCAUACUACAGGAAGUUUCUGCUUGCAAUCAACGCCCUUCGGUACUCCACGCUGGAAACGCUGGAACCCUUCGAGAAUGAUACCACUUUGGACAACGUGAAUUACUUGAACAUUUUGCUCACGCUGCAGAAAAAGAUUAUAUCGGUUAAAAACCCGGCAGAACUGGCGCCAAUCAUUACUGAGGUGGGUCUGUGCCAAACAUCCAGCCAGUUAACCCGGUACGGAAAUCCCUAUGGCAAACUAGAAACACUGGAUGUGGAACCGAUGAAACAGUGCGACUAUUUUAGUAAUUGCAUCACGUCUCUAAAGCCUCUAAAUAGCAUUGUUGCCCCCAUAUAUAUGUACGUUCAUGAUGUCGAGGAAAUGAUGCUACCCGACGACAUGCGAACUCCCUCUUCUGAUGCUAAAGACAUCGAAUCCAAUGAUCUCGAUGUUAUGCUAAAUACCAUAUCGGCGGAAAGCGAGGUGCGAAAUCUACCGGUGGCAUAUCGCAAGUGUCGCUUCAGUGACGAAAACAAUCUGCAGUAUUACAGUCCCUAUCGUCCAAGUCUUUGCCGACUUGAGUGCCGAAUCAAAUGGGCCCUGAGUUUGUGCAACUGCAAGCCCUAUUUCUACGUAGCAGCUCCCGAAGCUCCAAUCUGCAAAGUAUCCGGAAUGCUCUGCCUAGCCCGGGCCAAGUGGCUUCAAAGACCGUGCGAAUGCUAUCCGUCUUGUCAGGAGGAAACCUUUACCAUCUUCAAAGCGUCUGAUCAGAUUGGGGGCGAUAGGAACUACAAUGGAGAGCGGUUUGAGCGGACGCUGAUCAUCAACAUGCAAAUUGCGAGGAUGGGCAUAAAUCGACGGGUUGUAUUCAGCACGGAUCAGUUGAUAAUGUCGUUUGGUGGAGCCAUUGGUCUCUUUCUUGGAGCCAGCUUCAUGACCAUAUACGGCCUGCUGUACUUUCUUCUCACUUUCAUAGCUUAUACAUGCAAGAACCGAUUUUGCAAGCGUUAA